AUGAAAUGUAACGAGUUUCUAAACCAGACGUACCACUUGGCGGUUUGGUCAUGGAAUCGAUUAUUUAAAUCGGUUAUGGUGGAAUUAAUCGCCAGUGUACUAUGUAUAUACCUCGUUUUCCGUUUCACUGCUUUCUAUGAGUCUGAGAGUACACAUAUGUCUAAGUUGAUCAGUACUCUUCAACAAUUAUCAAAUUCUUUAGACGACCAUAUAAUGUUGCAAAUGAAACUUCAUUCAAAACUGAAGAAGGCAAACUUUCCACCUGAUAAAGUUACUAUUCCAGUUUUAGUGAUAGCUUGUAAUCGUCCCACUGCUAGUCGUCCUAUUGAUAAACUAUUACAGUUAAAACACGAAAUGCUGAAGCAAAACAAUUUUGAAUUUCCUAUUUUCGUUUCACACGCUUGUGAUGACGAUGCUACUGAGAAAGUUUUACAUUCGUAUCAGGAUAGGAUUACGGUCAUAAAACCAAAAACUCCGUUAACUAAUCCAGUUCAAAGCUCUACUUCUAAAGUAUUUGAAGGUUACAGACAUGUUAGCCAUCAUUAUAAAUGGGCUUUAGAUCAAAUUUUUAUGGUAUAUAACUACUCGACUGUAAUAGUCGUAGAAGAUGAUCUGGAUUUGGCUCCAGAUUUUUUAAGUUAUUUUGUUGGUGCAUACAAUCUUUUAACUCAGGAUAAUACACUUUUCUGUGCAUCUGCCUUUAAUGACAAUGGACGACUUCAGUUAAUCGAUAUUACACGUCCCGAAUUAUUAUACAGAACUGAUUUCUUUCCUGGUUUGGGUUGGAUGUUAUUGAGAAAAUUUUGGCUAGAAAUUCGUGAAGGAUGGCCCGAUAUAUACUGGGAUGAAUAUAUGCGUAAAUCUUAUGUACGUAAAAGUCGAGCUUGUAUUCGACCAGAAAUUAGUCGUUCAAUAACAUUUGGACGAGUAGGUAUAUCUCAAGGUCAAUAUUUUGAUAGUCAUUUAAAAUUUAUUAAAUUAAGCAGUGUCAAAGUCAAUUUUCACCAACUAGAUUUAUCAUAUUUGAGAGAAGAUGUUUAUCGUAAUCGAUUCAAACAACUAGUUUAUGAAGAUUCAGUGGAAAUGAGUUUUAAGGACUACAUGAAUAAUCGCAGAUCAAUACCAUACAAUUCAAAAUCUAUUCGAAUAACCUAUGAAACUCGUAAAGAAUUUGAAGAAAUUGCAAAACCUUUAGGAAUUAUGCUUGAUUUCAAAUGUGGUAUAAGCCGUAAUGCCUAUAUGGGUGUGGUACCGGUAUUUGUAAAUGGUCAUCGUUUAUAUAUUGCCCCACCUUCCAGUUGGUCAGGUUAUAAUGAAUCAUGGGUAUAG